UUUUCUUCAAUUUCACUGAAGAGUUUUCGUUGGAGCUCAAAACACAGGCACAAGUUAAUUCUACAGGUCAAGUUCAUUACUGCUCGCAUUUCAGACAUUCAUCGCCUCUGCACUGCUCGCUUCUUCGCUGCAUAAGAAAAUUUGUUCAGGAUGGCAAACCGACCUCAGAUCCGCACUAACAACUCAGCACUCAUUGCUAUGAUUGGUGAUGAGGAUACGGUUACUGGAUUUUUAAUGGCUGGAGUUGGCAACGUGGACUUGAGGAGAAAAACAAACUACCUUAUUGUGGAUUCAAAAACUACGGUGAAACAGAUUGAAGAUGCUUUUAAAGAGUUCACUACGAGAGAGGACAUUGCAAUAGUGUUGAUCAGCCAAUAUGUUGCGAACAUGAUAAGGUUUUUGGUUGAUGGUUAUAACACGCCGAUACCAGCCAUCCUGGAGAUUCCUUCAAAGGACCAUCCCUACGAUCCUGCACAGGAUUCUAUUCUUUCACGAGUGAAGUACCUCUUCUCUACCGAAUCUGUGGCAUCUGGACGACGUUGAACUUGAUGAUUCUUGUUUCUAAACUGCCCUUUUAGAGUUUAGACUCUACUCAUCUGCACCUGCAUUUAUUUAAAUUCAUUUUUGAGUAAUAAUUCCUUGUGCUGGUUGUUACUAUAUCUAUAUGUUUUGCCAGCAAACUGAAAAUUUGUAGCAUGGAGAUCAGAGUACCUAGGUCACCUGCUUGACAUUUUCCUUGUGGUUUACACUCACAGGAUGCAAUAAAAUGAUUUAUACCCCAGAAAGGGUAGAGAACAUCCA